AUGCGGGAAGAUGACGGGAGCGUGGGUGGAUUUGAGGUUGGCAUGCCCUCCUCCCAGUACCCCUGGGCCAUCGUGUGGGGCCCCACAGUGUCGGAUGAGGACGGAGGGGACACCAACUCAGCCAACCCAGGCUUCCCGCCGCUGGGAUACACCUUCGUCUCGCCACAUGGGAUGGCAACGGCACAGCCCAACUCCCACUCGCUCCUGCACAACGCGGGGCUCAACCUGCGCGAGACCCCGGCCACCCUGCGGCCUUUCUUGUUUGGGCCCCGGGGGGAAGGUGUGGACCCCCAGCUGUACGUCACCAUCACCAUCUCCAUCAUCAUUGUCCUGGUCGCCACCGGGAUCAUAUUUAAGUUCUGCUGGGACCGUAAUCAGAAGCGCCGGCGUCACUCGGGGCAGCAGAGUGGUGGGAGGCAGCAGGAGAGCCAGCAGCCCCUCACGGACCUCUCCCCCACCACUUCAGCAUCCUUGGGGCCCUACGGUGACUCCUUGGCCCCCACACCCGAGGCGGAGGAGUCCAGGCAGGGCCAGGAGGGGAUGAAAGAUGUAGGUGGGAAAGGACGCUGGAGGUGUCUAGUCUAA